AGAGCGUUCUUUAAAAUUCGUAGGAACGCGGGGCUUCAACUCCGGACGGUUUGUGUCACCCUUAUAUUUACCGAAUUGAACUAGUCCAUAAAUGACAAACCCAUCUGAACUCCUUAAUGAAUGUCCACCAAUCAUGAAUGAUGAAGAUAUUCUUAAUGAUUGUGGACCUGUAGAUAUCCCUCCACCGCCUCCGUUAGCACAGUCUCUAGAUGCUAAUGGCCCAAGAUUAAUAAUCACUCAAAUUGUUACGGAAAAUUUCAAAUCUUAUGGUGGCAUGCGUGUUAUGGGACCAUUCCAUAAAAAUUUUAGUUGUAUUAUCGGUCCUAAUGGAAGUGGUAAAAGUAAUGUAAUUGAUUCAAUGCUGUUCGUGUUUGGUUAUCGGGCAUCAAAAGUUCGUUCGAAGAAAAUUAGUCAACUUAUACACUAUAGUGAACUGGUACCUAAUGCUAGUAGCUGUGAAGUGUCUGUACACUUUCAAAAAAUUAUUGAUCAUGGUCCUGGUGCUUUGGACUAUGAAGUUGUUCCAAAUAGUCAGUUUGUUAUUUCACGACGAGCAUACAAAGAUAAUUCAAGUUGCUAUUUGAUUGAUGGUACUCGAGCUGUUUAUCGUGAUGUGGCUAAUCUUUUGCGCAGUCAUGGCGUGGAUAUUGAUCAUAAUCGAUUCCUCAUAUUACAAGGCGAAGUGGAGCAAAUUGCUUUGAUGAAACCUAAAGCUCCAAGUGAACAUGAGGAUGGAUUUCUUGAAUACUUAGAGGAUAUAAUUGGUUCAUCAAGAUUUAAACAACCAUUAAAUAUAUUUAUAAAUCGUAUUGAAAAAUUAAAUGAUUUACGUUUGGAAAAACUUUCACGUGUAAAAUUAAUUGAAAAAGAAAAAGAUGAAUUAGAAUCUGUACGUAAUGAAGCAAUAGAUUAUUUACGUUUAGUUAAUCAAUUAAUACGAAUGAAAAAUAUAUUAUAUCAACAAAAUUUAUUAAAAGAAUAUCAUACUAUUGAAAUAAUUAAAGAGAAAUUAAUAAAUAUACAAAAUGAAACUGAAAUUUUAUCAAGUCAGGUACGUGAGAAAACUCGACAAAUUAAGCGAUUAGAAUCUGAUCGUGAUGAGCUUACUCAACGUCAUGCUCAAUUGCAAAUAAGAUAUCGUGAUGGGAAAGCAAAAUUUGCUGAAUUUGAAGCUCAAGAUGGACAACUGCGUGAUGAACAUGCACAUACAAAAACUUCAGCACGUCAUUUAGCUAAAGCAAUUCAAGUAGAACGAACUAAGUUACAAGAGUUAGAACGAUUACCUGAAGAAGCAAAUGCUCAUCGUGAAGCAAUUAAGAAACAAUUAGUGGAAUUAGAAGAAGCUAGAAAGAAACAUGAAGAAGUUUAUAAGGAAACAGUUGAUAAUCUGUCUAAAGAAUCUGCACCUUUACGAAUUAAAGUUGAAGAAAGUGAAUCCAUGUUGGCUCCUUUACAAACAGAAGCUGAUCAAAUUACAAGUAAACUAACACUGGAGCGUCAACAAUAUGAUCUUAUGAUGGCUGGCCAACGAAGAGAAUUAGAACGUAUGGAAACAGCAAAGAAAAGUAUGCAAUCAACUCAAAGUAAACUUAAAGAGAGAGAACAAGAAUUAGCUGAUGCAAAAAAACAAUUAUCAUCUUCGGGAAGUGGAGGAAAUAAAGGUAAUUUAGAGAUGGCAUUAGCAUCAGCUACACGUGAUCUAGCUGAAGUGAAAACACAUGAAGCUGAUCUGACAAAAGAACUAAAUGAUUUACGUAGCAAGUUGACAGAGUCAAAAUCAGCUCUUCAGGCGGAUAAUUCAAGAAAUCGUAUGUUGAAUGCUCUACUUGAAGCAAAACGUUCUGGAACAUUGACUGGAAUUCUUGGUAGACUUGGUGAUUUAGGUGCAAUUCCAUCACGUUAUGAUAUUGCAAUUUCAACAGCAUGUGGAGCUUUAGAUUAUAUUGUCACAGAUACCAUGGAUACAGCUCAGAAAGCGGUGAAUUUUCUGAAACAGAAUAAUCUAGGACAAACUACUUUUAUAGCUCUGGAUAAAAUGAAAAAAUGGGCUGAAAAAUCUUCAAUUCCAUUUAAUAUGCCUAAAGUAUCAUUUCAAGUCGAACGUUUAUACGAUUUAAUUCAAACAAUUGAUCCCAAUGUGAAACCAGCAUUUUAUUUCGCUUUAAGAGAUACUUUAGUAACAGAAAAUUUAAAUGCAGCUACAAAAGUUGCUUUUGGUCAACAACAACGUUAUCGUGUUGUUACUCUUCAGGGACAAGUUAUUGAAGUAUCUGGUGCAAUGUCAGGUGGUGGAGGUCGUCCACUUUCAGGUAGAAUAAUGGCAGAUAUUGUACAAGUGAAAAAACUUCAUGAAGCCAAUUAUAGUUGUGAAUCUAGACACAAACGACUAUCAACCGAUAGUUCCAAAGAAACAAGCGAUCUAUCUGCAUUAGAACGUCAAUUAACUCAAGGGGAUGCUGAACUUGGUCGUUUACGUGACACUCGAUCACGUUUGGAAGAAAUGAUUGUGCGUAUGACUCGUCAACGUGAUGAAUCCGAGCGUACAAUCAAACGGUGUGAAAAUGAAUGUGUUCACUUACGUGCUGAAUUGAAAGCAUUAACAGAUGAAGUUAAACAAUCUGAAGAACGUGUCAAAUCAAUGGGACCAUCAGAUAUUGAACGUAAAAAAUUUGAAAAACAAUUAGAAAAACUUGAACAUUUAACACAACAAAAAUGUUCAAUUGCCGCGAAAAAACGUGAAGAAUUAGAAAUUUUAAAAAAUCAAUUAUUAAAUUUUGGUUCAGAUCGACUAGCUACUGUAAGAUCUCGUCUUGAUGUUAUAGAAAAGAAAAGAAAAGAUGCAAAUGAUGAAUUAACUAAAUUAGAAGUUAGUUUAAAAACGACUACACGUAAUCAACAAAAAUCUAUAGAUAAAUUAAAAAAUAUGGAAAAUGAAGCAGAAUUAUUAAAAACAAAAUUAAUAGAUAUUGAUAAUAAAUUAAAACAAUUAGAAAAUGAUGCACGUACUUGUAUGUUAGAUUAUCAAAAUAUUCAAAAUGAAGUUGAAGAAUUACAAAAACUUAAAGAAAAAUGUCAAACUGAAUUAACUGAAGCAGAAAAUACUUUGGCAACGGUACAAAAGGCUGAAAAUUCAUCUCGUCGUUUAAUUACUCAAUUCGAAAGUGAAUUGGCUCAAGCUACAACCAAUGCUCGUCAUUGGGAACGUGAACUUAGAGGUCUUCGAUUACAUCGUAUUGACGAUGAUAAUGAAGAAGAAGAAGAAAAAGGAAAAGAGGGAUUAGAUGUUGUAAUAGGAGAGGAAAAUGUAACAGUAUCAUCAAUUUCUCAAGAUGUUUCUCAAUCGAUUGUUAGAGAUUCACUAGUUCAUUUGAAUAAUGAAAAAUCACCAACUUUACAACUAAAUGAACAACGAAUCGAUAGAAAAGCUGAUCGUGAAACUAAGAAUCUUCCGAAAUUCACAGAUGAGGAAUUGCAAAAUCUUCAUGCUGAUCUAAAUGAAAUGAAACACUUGGAAGAGCGUAUAAAUGCAAUGGCACCUAAUAUGGCCUCUAUAGAAGAAUAUCGUCGUAAAGCAGAAAAUUAUUUAACACGUGUCAGUGAAUUAAAUCGUAUCACUAAUAUAUUAGGUGAACAACGUAAACAUAUGGAAGAUGCUAAAUCAAAAAGAUUAAGUGAAUUUCUUGAUGGUUUUCAUGCUAUUACAAAUAAAUUAAAAGAAAUGUAUCAAAUGAUUACACAAGGUGGAGAUGCUGAAUUAGAAUUAAUUGAUUCACUUGAUCCAUUCACUGAAGGUAUUGUAUUUAGUGUACGUCCACCUAAAAAAUCUUGGAAAAAUAUUGCUAAUUUAUCUGGUGGUGAAAAAACAUUAUCUAGUUUAGCAUUAGUAUUUGCAUUACAUCAUUAUAAACCAACACCAUUAUAUGUAAUGGAUGAAAUUGAUGCAGCAUUAGAUUUUAAAAAUGUUUCAAUUAUUGGUAAUUAUCUUAAACAACGUACUAAAAAUGCACAAUUUAUUGUAAUUUCAUUAAGAAAUAAUAUGUUUGAAUUAUCCGAUAGAUUAAUUGGUAUAUAUAAAACAUAUAAUAUAACAAAAACAAUUACAUUAGAUCCAUCACCAUUAAUAAAACAUUUACAUAAUUUAGUUAUACGUGUAGCUACAGCACAUGGUCAUGAAAAAGAUUUAUCAUUGUUACCAUCACAACAACAACAACAACUAAAACAAAUAUCAUCAUCAUCACCACCACCACCACCAUCCUCACAACAACCACAACCACAACAACAAACAAUGAUGAUUAUGAAUUCACCAAUGAAUACAAAUUGUUUAACACCAGUCAAAUCAAUAAACUAUUCAAAAGUAACUAAUUUAGAAAAUCAUGAUACUGUUUUAUUAAAAUCAAAUAUUACAGAGAUUAUUCUAGUUAAUGAUAAUGAUGAUGAUAAAGAAGAAGAUAAUGAUAUGGAUAUGCAAACAAGAAAGAUAACAAUAAAUAAAGAAAUUGAUAAACGGAAAACAUUGUUUACAAAUCAGACUAAUGAUAAUAACACUGAGUCUGCUAUGGAAUGUUGAAUGCGAUGAGGUUUGGAGUGUAUAUUAUAAAAGUGUAAUAGAUGAAUAAAACAUUAACAAUGAUGAUAAUAUUAACAUUGUAUAUAUUUUAUUUUGUGUAUAAGAUUUAUGUCUGUUUUUUUUUCUUGCAUUUAUAUCUAUGGUAUUUAUUAUUCAUAUAUGUAUAUAGAUAAAUAUAUGAAUUUCUGUUUAA